AUGCCUUGUGAAAAAUGCGAAAAGAAACUAAAAAAGUUACCAACUCCUGAUGUGAAGAAUAGCUCAAAUAGAUCAACGAGCACUAACAAACUAUUGGAAUACCGCCAUAACAAACAAAAAUUUAAUCCUAAAAGUCGAAAAUGUAAAAAGUGUAAUAGCCAACUUCAUCAAGAUGGGAAAUAUUGCUCAGUGUGUUCUUAUAAAUUAGGCAAAUGCCAAAUGUGCGGCAAAACAAUAACUGACGUUUCGUCAAGUAAUAUGUCAAUAGUAUAG